AUGCGUCAUUCACCGAGUAUAUUGCAUUUCGUGAAUAGAAAAUGUCAGUUUUCAUUUGAUUUUAUAAUUUCAGUCGCCGUACUGGAACUGUUUUACGUAACGAUCCGUUUCGAGCAAGAAUGUCUUCGUUCCGAGCACGAGAGACGGUUAAAAUAUAUUUCGAAUAUUUUCAGAAUUAUUCACUUGUUCGCUGGACGAGACGAAUUAAUUGUCAAUUUUAUGGUCGGUUUCGCGUACCGAUGUCUUGUGAUUUUUUAAUGAUAAUUUCUAUACUGAUUCCGUGAUAUCAAUAUUUAUGUGGUAUUGUAUGGUAACAGAAGUGUCGUAUUUCAUUAUAUGUAUGUGUAACCUCUUUUCCAGGGUCUGCGUAAUUUUCAUUUAUUACCAUUUCUUUGCGACAAUGCGAUGGGAAGGCGAGUAAUUAUUGGUUACUAACGAUAAAAGUUGAUAAUAGUUCGGUUCGAGGUGGUGACGCAGCGUUACCUGUUUUCUGAAUAUUUCUUACGUAAAUAUUGAAUAGCGUAUGAGCAAGCACGCGAAGGUAAUUAUUUAAUUUUUAUCGAAACCAUCUGCAUUUUUAAAGUGUCAGGGCUAACAUUUCGCUGACAGCUUUCUAGGCAAUAAUUUCAACGAUAUUUCAUUACGUUUACGUUGAUCUGAAUCGUAUACCCGUUUCUACAGUUAUGCAAUCAAGGUUGCAGUCCUUUGGCGAAUAGCAUAAAAUAGUUCAUACCAGGAAUGAACCAUACAAAGUUGUGAUUACCGACGUGUUCACAUUGGUGACGCUUCUGCCUUCUAUCGAUGAUGGCGCCAUAACCUACUUCUGUAUUCCGUUGGUAACACCGGAAGUGACAUGAAAAUUAUAAUACAGAAUUAAUGUACAAUCAUAACCAUAAAAAUCUAUAAAAUUCUAAUCAUAUCCUCGUGAAUAUAUCCAACGGUAUCCAAAUAUUGACAAAAUUCCAAGAAAGUGGCGCCACGCGAGUGCCGCCGUUAGUUAACGGAUGAAUUACUACGGCGACGGAGGCGCUUGGGUCGUUUACUCGAAGAGUGGUCAGUACACAGCGAAAAUGGCGCCGCUUGAGUGAAGGUGGGUGAUUCUGUGCGUGCGUGUGCCCGGAAAGUGCGAGUUUUCGGAAAUGUGGCAGGAUCUGGACGGUCUAGGUGGUGCGGGAGUGAAUUCUGGUGCUCACCAGGUCGACCAGUUCGGCACAACGGAAUUGACGCCCGAGGAACAGAAGAUUCUGAUCGACAUCAGGCGAAAGAAAACGGAGCUGCUGCUCGCGAUACAACAACUGAAAGAUGAGCUGGGCGAGGUGGUGGCCGAGAUGGAGGCGAUGGAGGGCGGCGGCCUCGCGGCCGACGAGACCAAGCCGUCGAACAAGGCGAAGCAGACGUCUAUCGGCCGCAAGAAGUUCAACAUGGACCCGAAGAAGGGCAUCGAGUACCUGAUCGAGCACAACCUCCUGGCGCCGACGCCCGAGGACGUCGCGCAGUUCCUGUACAAGGGCGAGGGGCUGAACAAGACGGCGAUCGGCGACUACCUGGGCGAGAGGCACGACUUCAACGAGAGGGUGCUCAGGGCGUUCGUCGAGCUACACGAUUUCACGGACCUGAUCCUGGUCCAGGCGCUCAGGCAGUUCCUGUGGUCCUUCCGGCUGCCCGGCGAGGCGCAGAAGAUCGACAGGAUGAUGGAGUGCUUCGCGCAGAGGUACUGCCAGCUGAACCCGAACAUCUUCACGAACACGGACACCUGUUACGUGCUCAGCUUCGCCAUCAUCAUGCUGAACACCUCGCUGCACAACCCCAGCGUCAAGGACAAGCCCAGCGUCGAGCAGUUCAUAUCCAUGAACAGGGGCAUCAACAAUGGCGGCGAUCUUCCGCGGGAGCUACUCGUGAGUCUCUACGAAAGCAUAAAAACGGAGCCGUUCAAGAUACCGGAGGACGACGGGAACGACUUGAUGCACACCUUCUUCAACCCGGACAAGGAAGGCUGGCUCUGGAAGCAAGCAGGCGGACGCUACAAGAGCUGGAAGAGGCGAUGGUUCAUACUGAACGACAACUGUCUGUACUACUUCGAGUACACCACGGACAAGGAGCCACGGGGCAUCAUACCGUUGGAGAACAUUCAGGUCAGGGAGGUGCAGGACCGGCACAAACCGCACUGCUUCGAGCUGUACGCCGCCGGAUCCGAGUUCAUCAAGGCGUGCAAGACCGACAGCGAGGGAAAAGUCGUCGAAGGCAAGCACACCGUGUACAGAAUGUCUGCGGCCACGGACGAGGAGAAGGAAGAAUGGAUCAAGUGCGUGCGGCAAAGCAUAUCGCACAAUCCGUUCUACGACAUGCUGGCGGCGAGGAAGAAGAAAGCGCAGAAGACGAACGUGCACUCGAAGAGCUAAGCGCCGCCUUGGACACGGCUUCGUCGAGAAGCUUUGGCGAGACACAAGACUGUCUGUUCACGAGCCUGCACGGUCGGGGCACAGGAUCGUGGAAGUACAAUCAAACGUAACCGGACGCGGAGGGAGGUCCGUCGGAGGAACGAACGCGUGCCCGAGAGGAUCCCGCAGAAUGAGUAUACUUGUUCCCGAGACCGCCCUGUGACGACGACUAUUAGACACCGUCGUCGGCGCGCCAGGCUGGUCGUACUCGAGCGCGGAGCUGGAAAGACCUUUUAGAAGAAAAGACGAUGCCAUUUGACUGAGAGCCGUACGCCGUUGCGUUCUCCGAUAAGAACGAGCUGCGCUUUAGGGGCCUAGAGACACGCGUUAUUAUUUCAAUGAAUCCGGAGGUACGCUCGAGAGCGUCGCCCUGCGAGAGGCGAGAAAACGCGUUAACCCUUGUGUCGAUAACCGGGUACCCAUGUUUCUUGGAUAACCGUUGCACUCGAGCACCCGCCUCUGACGGACACUGUAGUCCGGUAGUCGGAGUAGAGAGAGAAUCACUAGCUGAGAGUUCGUUUACUUGUUUAGCGGCUGCUCGUGUAAUUAGUACUUGGUACGCUGUUGACAGGUGAGGUCAGAGCUGAAGAGAGACAAGAGGUGGUACCCUGUUGAUGGAGAAUGUUGGUUAUCAACGUAACGGUUAAAUUGUUGUACACGUUCGAGAACAGGAUCCGUAGUUGCGGUCAUCGUGGAUGAUGGUCGGGUAGAGGGCCAAAUACGAGAGACGCGGAUCUUCAUUUUUUUCGUUGAAAUAUCCUCGUACCGUCGUUCUCCCGUAAUGACGAAACUGAGUGUCUCUGAUCGAGCGUAACGCGUGUAGCUUAUCGAGCGGGGAGAUAGGAAAUGGAAAGGAGACGUUAGGAAGAGGGGCUUCUCAUUUCCGGGCAGCUUUAUCGAAUUAAUCGCAGACCUUGUAUUUUGUAUCGUUUGCACGGGUUUUGCUGACGGGACGACGGGGGGUACAAGAAAUCUGGCGUGGAACAAUGACUCGCGGCUGAGGCCGGUACCAUUGCUUCAGAGGACAUCGGUUUCUGGGUGUUGUAUCGUUGACGAUCGAUUUUCUAAGAGCGUUCUCCACGUCCGUUCGUUUGUGAACAUCCAUAUCUAGGAAAUUAAAACCCGUCCAUGCGAUUAGUAAAUUUUUAACGCAUCAUUUUGAUAAAUUGAUAUUCCGAGAAGAGAGUUAGUGAACCCCGUAGAGAUAACGCCGGUCGAGCUGAUCAAUUUCAGGUUUCUCGUUUUAGAAUUACUGAAAUUCGUAGCUGUGUCGUCAGUGUCGUCGGGGAAGAAACGAAUGUCCUUUAAGCGAUGCCCGUAUUCGGCGUUGCAGACGCGAGAGCGAAUCGGUGAGACGCGUGUAUUAAUGUGAUAGUCGUGUAUUUAUUUGAAAACGAAAAUGAAGCGUGUGUAGAUAAGACUAGGUAAUAUGUUUCCUUGAUAUGCCAGAAAUUAUCUUGGACUGUACAUUAUCGUACGGUUUGUAAGUACGGCAUGAUUAGCCAAUUAACGCGACUGUAGGAUAGAACGAUAUCGUUUUCCUUUCGUUUGGAUAUACAUAUAUUUAUAUAUAUAUAUAAAUAUAAAUAUAUACAUAUAAAUAUAUAUAUAUAUAUAUA